GUUUUCCAAUCUUUUUUUAUUGUACACUUCAGCUAGAUAAUCGUACAUACGUAGACACCUAACUGAGAUUUCACCCUUAUUUUUGCCCAUUUUGUUUAAUACGUCAAUUGGUUGAUCUAUAUUUGAAAAAGAAAUUUUCUUAAAGAACACACAUUUCCCAUAUGGACAUUUUUUCGUUCAAGCUGUGGCCAUCUUAGCAGUUACUCAUUAUACAUAUACGAUAUGUACACCCAGACAAAGCAUCAUUUGCGUUUUUAUGUCAACACUUGUGUAUUCUGUGAUGGCAAGUGUCAAUAAAAGCGGGAAUGAUAUUUACGUAUUAUUAAAAAUACAUGUUCAUUUAGUUUUACCAUUGAAACUUUUCCUGUAUAUGAUCUACUUCUCAGUUUGGCUGUCUGAUCAAUUUUCCCUGCAUGAGUAUUUGUAUCGCUUAAUGUAGAAACUUUUGGACAGAGCUUGUUACAUCAAGAUGCUAGAUGUUUAUUACAAUGGCACAUGCAUUUUUAGGGAACUAACAUUUGGAGCAAAGACUUGUACUUUGUCCACUCUGUUCGAUGUAACUUCUGCUUGUAACAACAGAGUUUUAAAUUUUGGUUCAGUUGGAUAAAGGUUUAGCGCCAAACGAAAAUUUGAACCCCAACGACCAGGGCGACAGAGGAGGUUAGAGAAUGACGAGAGUGGAGACUUCAUGGGAGAGGGUAGGAAUAAUCACGCCUCAGACGAACCCAUUCUGACAGUGGCAGGAGUUGGCUCGAAAUUCAGUUUUUAAAAGUCUGUGACACGACCCUGUUUUACGAGACAGUUUGGCCGUAGCCCUUCGAUCAUUAAAAUCUCAACAGCUAAGAGAUUCUAGUCUAUCCACCGUCCCUGUGCGGAGGACAGACCAAGGAUGGCUGCACAACAGCAAUCAGGAAACUUUCUACGAAGCAUUUUUGAAUUCGAUGAAGCUUUGCAUUCAUUUAUAUCGAACGAUAAUCUCGCAAUGGCCGAACAGUUGGGCCUAUUCCUGACACUGCACAAAGUAGAGCAUGCAGAAACCUUCUACAAGCACAUUGUUGGGCUGCGUUUAAUCAAUCAAAUAACAGCUAGCCUUCAGCUGAACACGGAUCCUAACAAAGCCCUCAGGACACAAACUGUACUCUCCAUUGUUGAAUACAUCAAGACAAAUCCCCGAUGUCGCGAAGAUGAACUUCAGGCCCAGAUCAUGCGACAAAUCGAGGCGUUCGCCCAGUCUGUCCAGUAGAUCAAUACACAUAGCUGUGUAAUCCUUGGUAAUAAGAAUAUACUACGUAUCUACGUAUAUGAGUUUACACACCGUCCUUGAAGGUCCUUCGAAAUCAACGUGAGCUCAGGCUCAUAUUUUGACAGAAUAAUAAAAGUAUAUACUUGCAAGUAUUAAAAAAUUACAUCGUUGUAUUAUGCGUGAAAGCUACAUUUUCAUAGAAGAGGGGUUUUUAAUUACAAGCCCUUUACAUAUGUAUACUCUAUACUUAGAACAUAUGCGUGACCUUGGUAUUUAUGAACCAGCUUGUCUAUUAUAGCAGUGCACAUUACUAGAAAGAAAGCUAACAAACGAUAAUUUCUAUUAUUGUAAAAAAAAUAUCUAUACUUUGCUCUAGAUGUCCAUAAUUAUUUAAAACAAGUAUACCUACUAUCUUUUUUUUAACACAAAAUUGUCAAUUUACCCGAUGUAAAAUUUCUAACUCGAUCACCAGUAUCUGAAGCCGGCCGGUUUUUUCCAAAUCAUUUGUAGUGAAUAAAUCAAUUAUCAGCUGUGUAAUUGUGUUAAGCAGAAUGAGUAUGUCCUUUACUCUUUUAAAUUUCUACCUCUAUAGUAUACAGAAAAAAAUCAUGCAGAAUGUUAACGAUAUUCGAUUUAUUGAAAAAAAUCACGGUUCAAAGGGCAAUGUUUCACGACAUAAAGAGUAUAAUUAUGUUUAGAUUCUUCGGCUAGCAAUACAGAUUUUUUUCUUUAGUUACGAGCGUAAGCUAAUACGUAGUCUAGAGCCCAUCGGCAAUCGAGCCCGUUAGCGGUUAGCCAGAGCUUGAUGGAAUAAUUUUCUUUGAAUUUUUCUACAGUAAUCAGCACACUAAUACGAGACAAUACUGGACUUUGAUCAAAUAAGCCUUAGCAUCUAAGAGCCAUAGUAUAUGCUGUAUGUGUUUAUUGCAUAUGCCACUUUUCAUAGUAGAGAGAAUUUCGUUGCAUUCUGUGAGACCACUAGCUUUUUUUUCAAUGUUUACGAGUGGAUGCAAAUUGCCGCUUUUAGCUGGCUUCGUUCGUAUAAAUAGAUCGAGGCGAUGACUUUACUUUUAAGUUCUGCUCAUAAUUCAGUCUUUCUUUUAGCGAACACUGGCAGCAAUUAUACACUCAAACGAAUUUCCACGUUUGAAUGCUUCACGCUGUUAUUGUGCUACCAACGAUAAGAUCUUAGAAUACAAAUAAAAUAUUGCACUGGUGAAAGUUAUGAUCGCUAAUCGGGCUCAAUCAUUACUGUCGUUCAAUAAUGAAAUCCAGAGAAAUAGUGAAGGAAUCUUGCGUGUUUUCGAACUAUUUGAAUUUCGACGAGGGCGGGCAAUCGUGCAUCAGGCAAGGCCCUUAUCUGGGGCUUCAAUCAGUGUAAUUCAACGAGGAAAGAAAAAACAUGUUUAGCUUGCAGCGACGGUCCCAUCCAUCGUAAGGAAUCAGUCGUUUGAGACUUUGUGACGUGGAUGAACUUCCGCUUUAGGGCAUAAAUGAAUAUAAUUAGUGACCGAUCAGUCCUAGCUGAAAGAAGGACGGCCAUUUGGUAACGUGAGUCAUCUGAUUUAACCCGAUUGAAUUUAUUUGGUCCGGUGCCCUCUCGCCAUCGUUCUAUUGUUCUGACGGCCUUUCUCUCUUAGCACAGCUAUGUGUACUGCUUCUAACGUUCGAAACUGAUGCUUGACAAGACAGAUGCGGGUCUCGGGAUAUAACGACGAUAAAUGGACUGCUGAUUAGAUUGUGGGUUGUCUCAAUACGAAUAGAUUUACAUAUAGAAUAGAAAGGACGGAACAACAGUCGAGGCGUUUACAACUUGAUUAUGGUAAAACGACUUGACUAGCAAAUUUUAACCUAUUAAAAAGCGUUUUGCUGUCAGCAAAAACACGUGGGGUCGAUCCGUUUUUC